GUUCAGGCAAUAUUAUAGGAAGCAACCAACUGGAGGGGUGGUAGGUUUCCUUAGCAAACAGUCGCAUUUGAAUACAAAACAGCCGUUUUAAAAUCUUCGGUUAAAAUAUAUUACAGUUUUCCCUCUAUUCUAAAACACGCAUGUAUUCUGCGGGAAGAAACAAAGACUGAUUUAUAAAUAGAACAUCGAGUGCCGGUUCUCUCUUCACUGCGGUGGAGUUCAACAAAGAACAUCGUAUUCGGGCGAUUAUUGAUCGAGUGUAUUCGACGCAAACGCAGACGAAGAUGACAGUGUAGAAAAUUUAUUCCAAGAGAAGUUGCAGAGGAUUCGGAGGGUUGCGAAAAUGGUUGCCCGCGACGUCAUAGCCGAAGCCUGUAAUCAACAAGCAGACGCAAAUGCGAAUGCGAAUAGCAAUUUAACAAGUGCCGAACCUCCAGAUCUACCUGACGUUAUUAUGUCGUCAUCAAACGCAGUCGCAGACGUCGACGCUACUGUCACGACUUCUGCCAUGAACACGAAUCUCGUUAACAACUUCCUCGCAUCUCAAGGAAACUACGUCUACGACAACAGCCAUGACGACAAUACAUAUCAUGACGUUGUAAACGCCGAAUCUCAGACGACCGAAAAAGGGAGUCCAGAACUCAUGACCUCAAAUAACUAUCAGUUAACUCCAGACCAGUAUCUGAUAGAUGUGGACAGUUUUGCAAUGCAGUUAUCUCUUACAUCUGGUAUUGACAAUUCGCGGGAAAUGCAAAUAAAGCAGACGACAUUUCCGGGAGAGGAUGAACAUCUUCUGGGUAAUCAUUCUGGUGCUUCUGCCGUCUCAGACGGCAGUGCUGAUCAUGUGGAAGCUAUCUCCAUGACGGAGACUCUCUCAACCCACAGCUGCCACUACUACAGCAGCGACGAUUACACUGACUCUGUCGGCAGUGCCGAUAGCAAAAAGUUUCUUCUGCCGUGUAAAGACGCUCAGGAUUGUGAGUCCGAACACAAGGACGGUAACCACAGUAUCGAGUUCGAAAAAAUCCUCGAGAAUUUGAUGAUACCUGGAACCGAUUUCACGAUAGACGUUCUCGACAGCCACAAAUACGCAGAUAUUGUCAGCGUGGAGGUAAGCGAGCAGAAUCUGUUACCAGAAUGCGAUCCUUUUGAUGCCCCGCCCGAGGAGUUUCGGUCCAGAUCCAACACAAUGCUUGGACUGUUGGGACAAACGCAGGGCGACCUGGGAAGCACCGUCCAGCUUGCCUGCCAGAAGGCUCUCAUGUAUUUGAAAGAUGAAACUGUCGGUAGCUCGGUUUUCCUUCCUGGGAGUUGCAGAGACAUUUCAAAAUCUCACAAAGACUUCACGCAGUUUUCAAAAGACCCUGAAAACAAAAUCAUUGUGGACAGCAACAAACACACCAGGAACCUGAUCGCGAUCAGCAUCUGCCUCACCUUAUCCUCGAUGGCCUUUGGCUCGAUCAGGAACCUCCAGAGCAGUAUCAACAGAGAAGGCGGGGUCGGCAUGUCCUCCCUCGCCGCCUGCUUCUCCAGUUUUGUUAUCGGAAGCGUUUUCAGUCCGUUCCUUGUCCAGAACUUCCAGCCACGGAAGUGUCUGAUCAUCAGCUUGUUUCCACAGCUGGUGUGGGUCGCCUCCAACAUCUACCCAGUCAUGUGGCUCAUGAUUCCCGCCUCCGUCCUCAUGGGAGCGGCAAUUGCGAUGAUGUGGAACGCUUUAAGUACAUACGUCACAUUCCUGGCUAAAGGCUACUCCGAAAAGCGUAAAGAAGAUUUUGAGCACACCUUGAGUCGUUAUUUUGGCAUUUUUGGACUCACUUUUCAGAGCCACAUCAUCGCGGGAAACUUAAUAGCCUCUCUCGUUCUGAUGUAUGCUAACCAACCACUGGGCAGUCCCACUGGCGGUUUGGCGAUGAUGAACAUAACAAACUCGUCCAAUCAGAAUAUCGAACAGUAUAUUAAUAUCGACCAAUCAAAUAGUUCGUACGCUGUGAUAGCUGAAUCUGUGAUCUCCAAUCGUUCCAACCUCUUUCCGUUACCCAACAGUACUUCGAAAGACAUGACCUCCCACCCAUCAUCUCAUUAUCACUUAUGUGGCUCCAGGUAUUGCCACGACUACGUGAUCGACGAUGAGGGCAUGCACGUGAGCGACUCCACGAAAUACCUGCUGUACGGCAUCUACAUCGGCUGCCUCCUGAUCGCCAUCCUGAUUGCCUUCUGGCUGCUGGAGCCGCUGAACGAGAAACUGUUCUCCUCGCGGAUCGCGUCGUUCAGCCUGGUGGGCGAGCAUCUCAAGUCUCUGGGCAAGUUCUUCGUGCUGCGCAAGUUCCUCUUUCUCAUCCCGCUGCUCUUCUACAGCAACAUGCAGAGUGGAUUCCUCACUGCUGAAGUUACAACGGCGUUUAUCAGCUGCCCACUCGGCGUGUACAUGGUCGGCUUCACGAUGAUCUGUUUCGGCGUCUGUAGCUGCAUCAGCUCCUUCCUCAGCGGCUGGCUCAACAGGUUCCUCGGCAGAAUCUCGCUCAUCGUCACAGCGGCCAUUUUUAAUCUUGGUCUCCUCAUCGUGAUGGCCAAAUGGCACCCGACUCCAGACAACCUCUACCCUUACUUCCUGUUGCUAGGGGGAUGGGGUGUGGCUGAUGGCAUCUGGAUGUCGCAAAUGAACAGUAUGAUGGGCUCUCUGUUCCCUAAGCAGUUCGAGGAAGCGUUUGCAGCGAUGAGAAUCGCUCAGGGCGUGGGUCUUACGGUGGUGUUCGCCUACUCGCAGAGCUUCUGCAUGACCAGCAAGAUCUACGUCAUGUGUGGCAGCUGUCUGCUGGCGCUCGCUCUCUUCAUCGUCUCCGAAAUCUCACUGAGACGCGAACCGCUCGACGCAAAGACAGUACACACACAGGAAGUGUGUUGAAUCAACUCGGCAAAGACAGUGCACACACAGGAAGUAUACCAUGUGUUGAAUCAACUCGGCAAAGACCGUACACUCCCACGAAGUGUACCAUGUGUUGAAUCACUCGGCAAAGACCGUACACUCCCACGAAGUGUACCAUGUGUUGAAUCAACUGGACAUUGAGCACCAUUAUCAAUUAAAAUAAUCAGGCGCGGAUUUAGGGGGUGGACUGUGGGAGGUUAUGGGGCCUGGUUCCGCAAUAUUUGUAGUCGUUAACAAUAAAAUAAUGUAUCCACGCCUGCAAAUACAAGUACAAUUUAUACAGAGUGAUCUUUAUGAUUUAAUUAUGUUUUUUGCUUGGGGUGGAAUACUAAAGCUAGGUGUCCUGAGAUACAAUACUGAAGUUGUCCUGAGACGGUAUUAAAGCCAGUUGUCCUAAGACACAAUAUUAAAGUUGUCGUCGGACACAAUAUUAAAGUUGGUAUCACAGGAGUUAACAGUUGAUCGUAGUACACCAUAAGAAAGGAACCCCGAAAGGGUUCAUAAAAUGCACCCUUGUUAUGGGCCGUGUUUCGCCGCUGAUUGAUCGACGUAUAACAAUUUACUGGUUACUGGCAUUUACAGAAAUAUUACUGACACCAGUCUUUAUUUACGGAUUGUUGGUGUCAUUACUUGGUGGGGGUGGUUUUGGGGGGAGGGAUGUUUUGUUCUGUUUGAAAAUUUAAUUUUUCUAUUUAAAAAAAUUAUUUCAGUGUUUUCUUUUCAUCCUGUUUUUUUUUAAAACGCUGGACACAUUUAUAAUACGACUUAUAAUAAGUCACAUGACUUGUAGUUGUUUGUUAUGACGUAAAGUCCUGUACAGAUUGUUAUUGAAUUUUACUUGUUAGCAGAACUGUUUAUUAUAUAUACAUUUAAUAGUUCUUGAUGGUAUUUUCUAUGUUAUGGAUUUUUAAAUCACAGAUUGUAUAGAAUGAUUGUCGGGCUCAGGUUACAUGUGUAGAGUUUUUUUAAAUUUGUUUUGAAUAUUAUGUUAUAAAAGAAGUUAUUGUCGAUACAUACAGCGGGGAUAUCAAUACAUGGAUAUGUAUUUGAAUGUAGUUUAAUUGGUGUUUCAUUGGUUUAGCUGUAAAUUAAUUUGCAAGUUUACUUGUGUUGAAUUAGUAACUGUGCUUUUAGUACGGACAUUUCAGAUAAAACUAUUUUACAAUAUGUUAGAGUUACCAACUACGCUUUCUAUUUAGCAUAAAAAUACCCUUUGAACUGCUACUUACCCCGUCCCAAUCAGUGCCACACGACUGGUAUAUCAAAAGCUGUGGUAUGUGCCGCGCUGUUUAUGGGAAAUUACGUAUAAAAGAUCCAUUGCUAUUAAUUGAAAAUUGUAGCAUUUUCUCUGACGAAUGUGUGUCAGAAUUACCAAAUGUUUGACAUCUAAUAGCCGAUGAUUAAUUAAUCAGUGUGAUCUAGUGAUGUCGUUAAACAAAAUAAAACUUUAACUUUAUGUGUCUGGAAUAAACGCCCCUGGAUCUUAAUGGGAUAGAGCCACUGUAAAGUUUCUAGGAAUAAGAACAUAUUUUUUUACACUUUAAAUUGGUAUUAUCGUCUCCUUUUGCUAUUUAUUUUACCAAACCCUUGCUCAAGUCAUAAACUGGUCUUUGGUAAUUCAUUGUAUAUGCAAUAAAAUAACACAUUAAUUUUCACAAAUAAAAGUUAAAAUAAUUUAACCUAAUAAAUAUAUGGUCUCAUUCUACUGUUCAAAACGAACGAAUGAAUGAUUGAAUGAAUGAAUGAAUGUUUAACGACACCCCAGCACGAAAAAUAAAAUAGUUGAAUGAAAUACUAGUAGUUGAAUGAAAUGAUGCGAACAUCGAUCCAGAAUUUGUGAGGGUUCGAGUUGUGUUUCACUGUGAAUAUUUGUAGUGGAAAUACGUUUGUACGUGUGUCCUCAAAGCAAGUGUCUACAUUUAAGCAUUUGUGAACCAAAUGUGUUCUUAUUUUUGAAGAAUAUAAAAUUCGAUAAUUUGUUUAUGGCGAAAGAAAACCCCGAAAACGUCUUGUGACAUGUAUACAUGAUUAUGACUAUUUUUUGACAUAAAAAUAUACUAUGGAUGGCAAUCUUUCAAAAUACACUUAAAUAUUAAAGUUAUUAAUUUAUUAUUAUUAUUGUAUAUUAUAUGUAUGGCUUGGGGAGAUGUAUUUUUUAUUAUAUUUUAAAACGAUACAUGUAAUAAGAUAUCAUAUACACGUGUAUUUCUUAUUUACAUAUAUUUUGUAUGUUUUGUUUGCAGUUGUUUGCCUUGGAUUUUUGGUACAACUUGCACUUUUCAUUUUGAUGCGCUCGUCACAUUUCAUAUGCUUUUAUGUUUAUCCACUGGAAUCCAGUCUAUUUUAUAUUGUCAAACAAGUGCUUACUGGUUUUGUUGUUGUGGUUUUGUUGUACAUUUAUGUUUUAUGUAAUGUAUCGAAUCAAUGUUAUCAUUUCAGCAAACGCUGUGUUUUGUUUUAACUGGAAUUAUGUCAAUAUUAUCAUUACAUUUUGAUCAGUGAAACAGUAAAAGUGCUGUCAUCAAUUUCAUUUCUUAUUAUCUUCAGUCAUCAACACAAUUAAUGCAAAUAAAACGAAUAUAUUUGUC